GAGCCGCCCCGGCGGGCGGGGCCGGGCGCGCGGGGGCCGGGCCAGGCGGCUCCGAGCCCGCCGGCGCCAUGCCUAAGGUUGUAUCGCGGUCCGUCGUGUGCUCCGACACCCGCGACCGCGAGGAGUACGACGAUGGGGAGAAGCCGCUGCACGUCUACUACUGUCUGUGCGGGCAGAUGGUGCUGGUGCUCGAUUGCCAGCUGGAGAAGCUGCCGAUGCGGCCGCGGGACCGCGCCCGCGUGAUGGACGCGGCCAAGCACGCCCAUAAAUUCUGCAACGCCGAGGAGGAAGAGAGCGUCUUCCUGCGCAGACCCGAAGGCAUAGAGCGGCAGUUCAGGAAGAAGUGUGGCAAGUGUGGACUGCUGCUCUUUUAUCAACACCAACAGAAGAAUGCUCCUGUGACGUUCAUUGUUGAUGGUGCUGUGGUCAAAUUCGGCCAGGGUUUUGGGAAAACAAACAUAUAUACUCAAAAACAAGAACCUCCUAAAAAGGUGAUGAUGACCAAACGGACCAAAGACAUGGGCAAGUUCAGUUCUGUCACAGUCUCCACAAUUGAUGAAGAGGAAGAAGAGAUUGAAGCAAGGGAGAUUGCAGACUCCUACGCACAGAAUGCAAAAGUGAUUGAGAAGCAGCUGGAACGCAAAGGCAUGAGCAAGAAAAGGCUACAAGAGUUGGCUGAGUUGGAAGCCAAGAAAGCCAAGAUGAAGGGAACCCUGAUUGAUAACCAGUUCAAAUGAAAUGCUGCGUAGCUGCUGGGUGUUUGGAGUCAGGAGAAAACUACCAAGAGCUAUCACCGUUCUGUCAACAAAGCAGAAGUAAUAGACAACGUUGAAGAGUUGGACUGUGCUGCAGCCAGCUUGAAACAUGAGAAUGUCUCUGUACCCUUCCGUAUAAGUGACAUUCUGGGCAUCGGUCUUAACUCCACUGGUACUGGAGACUUUGCUCAAACUGCAAUUUUCUACAGACCCAGUGUUAUGAGCAGGCUGUUCCAGGCCGAAUAUUUACUUUCAAGAAAAUCUUUGCUGGGUGCCUUCCUAAGUUCACCUUUAGAUACCUGUCUUUUUAUUUUGUAGUUUUCAAAUGUGUUUCCUUGAAUACAUUAGAACAAUACAUAACUGUACAACAAAGAAAUCCUUACAAAAGUAAGCUCUAUGCCUAUUGUUCAUUUUGUUAUUUUAAAUGUGUCCAAAAGGUGCAGCAGCCUGAGCCAUGCCAGUCCAACACAGUCUGGAAUGACUGGAAUGUACAGCUUGGGUAUGGUGCUGCUGCUCAUCCUGACCUGCCCGAGGCAGUCAGCACAGACUGGGCUGCAGUACUGCAGUCUCAGCUCCUGCUGAACAUCACAAGGCUGCAGUUGUACAGAACUACACUGUCACAACAGACACAUACAGGAAUAUAAAAUCCAAGCUUGUUUUAAACUGCUGUAAAUAAAAACUACUAAUGAGUUCAAA